UAUUAUUAAACCUUCGUCUUCUUCCACGCCGCUCCUUGAGAUUCACACGUCGCGCAAUCACACACCUCGGGGCGGGAGAGAGUCAGAGAGAGGAAGGAGAAGGGAGCAAGAAGACGCGGGCACCAACUCCUGCGCCCAUUCCCCUCCCCCGCAUCCGCCACCUCGCCUGCCAUCUUCCUCCCAUCCCAGCACGAUCAGCACACCGCGCUCUCAGUUCUGGUUCGUCGUCGCGUCUUCCUCCCAUCACAGUCCAGGAAGAGAGGAGCAAAAGCUGAGUGAGCCGAGGAGCCACAAACAGCAGCGUCAGGGGUCAAGCGAGCGAGUAGCUGAGGUUCGGGCUAUGGGCGGAUUCUCUGCGGCGGAGAGGUGCGCAGUUGGGAUCCACGCGUCCCUGUCCUCGCCGGCGGCGCGCCCGCGUGCACUGAAGCAGACAGCGCCCGUCCGCCGAGCAAGCCACCGCGCCAGCACUACCCUCGCCGUAUCCGGCCGCAGACUCCUGGUGCCCCGCGCCGUCGCCACGCCCACUGACCGCGCCUCUCCGGACAUCGUCGGAACGUUCAACCUGGAUUCCAACUCCGAGCUCCAGGUAACACUGAACCCAGCGCCACAGGGUGCAGUGGCUGAGAUCAAUCUCAAGGCGACCAACACCCGCGGCUCCCUGAUUCUGCAUUGGGGUGCCCUUUGCCCGGACAAGAGAGAAUGGCUCCUCCCGUCCCGCAGACCGGACGGAACAACAGUGUACAAGAACCAGGCCCUUAGGACACCCUUUAUACAGUCAGGUGACAACUCCAUGCUAAGUAUUGAGAUAGAUGAUCCUGCAAUUCAAGCCAUCGAGUUCCUUGUCUUUGAUGAGGCACAAAAUAAAUGGUUUAAAAACAAUGGCCAGAAUUUCCUAAUCCAGCUCCAGACAAGCCAUAAUCAGGGGCAAUAUGCAUCUGGUGCCUCUGCUUCUGCUGCUACAGUGCCAGAGGAUCUUGUGCAGGUCCAAUCAUACCUUCGUUGGGAAAGAAACGGAAAGCAGUCAUAUACACCUGAGCAAGAGAAGCUGGAGUAUGAAGCAGCACGAGCAGAGUUAAUAGAGGAAUUAAACAGGGGUGUUCCCUUGGAGAAGCUGCGAGCUAGAUUAACAAAAUCACCCAACGCAAAUGAAAGUGAUGCUCCUGCAUCUCAAACUACCGUAGCUAAAGUCCCAGAGGAACUUGUACAAGUCCAGGCCUACAUAAGAUGGGAGAAAGCAGGCAAGCCAAAUUAUUCCCCUGAGAAGCAACUGGUCGAGUUUGAGGAAGCGAGAAAAGAACUGCAGGCUGAGUUGGAUAAGGGAGCCUCAAUUGAUCAAUUAAGGAAGAAAAUUUUGAAAGGAAACCUUGAAAAGAAAGUUUCCAAGCAACUGGAGAACAAGAAGUACUUUUCUGUAGAAAGGAUCCAGCGGAGAAACAAAGAUAUCAUGCAACUUCUUAACAAACAUAAGCCUGUCAUUACAGAAGAGCAAGUAAAAGCUGCACCAAAACAACCAACUGUUUUGGAUCUCUUCACGAAGUCCUUACAGGAGGAGGAUGGUUUUGAUGUCCUAAGCAGAAAGCUUUUCAAAUUCGGUGAUAAGGAGAUACUGGCAAUUGCCGCAAAUUCUCUAGGUAAAACCAAAGUUCAUUUGGCAACAAACCAUGUGGAGCCGCUUAUUCUUCACUGGGCACUGGCAAAAAAUGGCGGAGAGUGGGAGGCACCUCCUUCAAGCAUAGUACCUUCUGGUUCAACAGUGCUCGACAAGGCAUGCGAAACUUCUUUCAGUAAGUCUGAAUUGCAUGGUUUGCAAUACCAGGUUGUUGAGAUAGAGCUAGAUGAUCGCAGAUACAAUGGAAUGCCGUUUGUUCUCCGAUGCGGUGAAACAUGGAUAAAACACAAUGAAUCUGACUUUUAUUUGGAUUUCAACACUAAAGUUACCAAGAAAGCAAAGGAUACUGGUGAUGCCGGUAAAGGCACAGCAAAGGUUCUGUUGGAAAGAAUUGCAGAUCUGGAGGAAGACGCCCAGCGAUCUUUUAUGCACAGGUUCAAUAUUGCAGCAGAUCUAGUUGACCAAGCCAGAGAUGCCGGACUGUUAGGUAUCGUUGGACUUUUUGUUUGGAUUAGAUUCAUGUCUACCAGGCAACUAAUAUGGAACAAGAACUACAAUGUGAAGCCACGUGAGAUAAGCAAAGCACAAGAUAGAUUUACAGAUGAUCUUGAGAAUAUGUACAGAAGUUACCCACAGUACAGAGAAAUCUUAAGAAUGAUAUUGUCUGCUGUUGGUCGUGGAGGUGAAGGUGAUGUUGGUCAGCGUAUCCGUGAUGAGAUAUUAGUAAUCCAGAGAAAGAAUGACUGCGCAGGUGGGAUGAUGGAAGAAUGGCACCAGAAACUGCACAACAAUACAAGCCCAGAUGAUGUGGUUAUAUGCCAGGCGAUAAUUGAUUAUAUCAAGAGUGAUUUUGAUAUAAGUGUUUACUGGGACACCUUGAACAAAAAUGGGAUUACUAAAGAACGUCUGUUGAGCUAUGACCGUGCAAUUCGUUCAGAACCAAAAUUCAGGAGUGAUCAGAAAGAGAGUUUACUCUCUGAUCUGGGGAACUACAUGAGAAGCCUGAAGGCUGUGCAUUCCGGUGCUGAUCUUGAAUCAGCUAUAGCUUCCUGUAUGGGAUACAAAUCAGAGGGUGAAGGUUUCAUGGUUGGUGUUCAAAUCAAUCCAGUGAAGGGUUUGUCAUCUAGAUUUCCUGAAUUGCUUCAAUUUGUGCUUGACCAUGUGGAGGAUAAAUCAGCAGAGCCACUCCUUGAGGGGUUAUUGGAGGCUCGUGUUGAACUACGCCCUUUGCUGAUUGACUCAUCUGAACGCUUGAAGGAUCUUAUCUUUUUGGACAUUGCUCUUGAUUCUACUUUCAGGACAGCAGUUGAAAGGUCGUAUGAGGAGCUGAACAAUGCAGCACCAGAGAAAAUUAUGUACUUCAUCGGUCUAGUUCUUGAAAAUCUUGCCUUGUCCACUGAUGACAACGAAGACAUCAUAUAUUGCUUAAAGGGAUGGAAUCAAGCCUUGGAAAUGGCUAAGCAAAAAGAUGACCAGUGGGCUCUCUAUGCUAAAGCAUUUCUUGACAGAACCAGGCUUGCCCUUGCGAGCAAGGGCGAACAAUACUAUAAUAUGAUGCAGCCCUCAGCUGAAUAUCUUGGCUCAUUACUCAACAUUGACGAAUGGGCAGUUAAUAUCUUCACAGAAGAAAUUAUUCGUGCUGGAUCAGCUGCUACUUUGUCUGCUCUUCUGAAUCGAUUUGAUCCUGUUCUCAGGAAUGUCGCACACCUUGGAAGUUGGCAGGUUAUAAGCCCAGUUGAAGUAACAGGCUACAUUGUCGUGGUUGAUGAGUUGCUUUCUGUUCAAAACAAAUCUUAUGAUAAACCAACCAUCCUUGUGGCAAAGAGUGUCAAGGGAGAAGAAGAAUUACCGGAUGGUGUUAUUGGCGUGAUAACACCUGAUAUGCCAGAUGUUCUAUCCCAUGUGUCGGUCCGGGCAAGGAAUUGCAAGGUAUUGUUUGCAACAUGCUUUGACCCGAACAUCCUGUCUGAACUCCAAGGUCAUGAAGGGAAGGUGCUUUCCUUCAAAACUACUUCUGCAGAUAUCACGUAUAGGGAGAUUGCGGAGAGUGAACUUCUACAAUCAAGUUCCCCAAAUGCACAAGCUGGCGAAGCAGUACCAUCUUUAUCGUUAGUGAAGAAAAAGUUUCUUGGAAAAUAUGCAAUAUCAGCAGAAGAAUUCUCUGAGGAAAUGGUUGGAGCCAAGUCCCGUAAUAUAGCGUACCUGAAAGGAAAAGUACCUUCAUGGGUUGGUGUCCCUACAUCAGUUGCGAUACCAUUUGGGACCUUUGAGAAGGUUUUGUCAGAUAUCAUGAAUAAGGAAGUAGCACAAAACAUACAGUUGCUGAAGGCCAGACUUGUGCAAGAUGAAUUGAGUGUUCUACGUGAAAUGCGGAAAACUGUUCUUGAUUUAACUGCUCCUGCUGAAUUUGUUAAGAAUCUGAAGGACAAAAUGGUAGCCUCUGGAAUGCCCUGGCCUGGAGAUGAAAGUGAGCAGCGUUGGGAGCAAGCAUGGAUGGCAAUUAAAAAGGUCUGGGCAUCAAAAUGGAAUGAAAGAGCAUACUUCAGCACACGCAAGGUAAAGCUCGAUCAUGACUACCUUUCCAUGGCUGUUCUUGUACAAGAAAUUGUCAAGGCAGACUAUGCUUUCGUCAUUCACACGACGAACCCGUCAUCUGGAGAUUCUUCCGAGAUAUACGCUGAAGUGGUGAAAGGACUUGGAGAGACACUUGUGGGAGCUUAUCCUGGUCGUGCUAUGAGCUUCGUAUGUAAAAAAGAUGACCUUAACUCUCCCAAGGUAUUGGGUUACCCAAGCAAGCCAAUUGGUCUCUUCAUAAAGCGGUCAUCAAUCAUCUUCCGCUCAGACUCUAAUGGUGAGGAUCUGGAAGGUUAUGCUGGAGCAGGACUGUAUGAUAGUGUCCCUAUGGAUGAGGAAGAUGAAGUUGUGCUCGACUACACGACUGACCCUCUCAUCACAGACCCUGGAUUCCGAAACUCAAUCCUCUCAAGCAUUGCACGGGCUGGCCAUGCCAUUGAGGAGCUUUAUGGGUCACCACAGGACGUCGAGGGAGCCGUGAAGGAUGGCAAAAUUUAUGUGGUCCAGACAAGACCACAGAUGUAAUACGAAAAUAAUGGAGCAUUAAUUGAUGCAUAGGCUGGGGGACUCCCUCCUUUUUUAAGGACUCCCUCCUUUUUGAAGAAAAAGGUAACACGUAUUUAUAAUUAAGGAACUCAAGUUGCAGAGUAUGAGGAUACAUUGGCCUUGGUGGCAUGCAGAGUUGUACUCAUAGAUGUACGAAACAUAUCCGGUGAAAACCUUCAUUCGGUGCAAA